ACAGUACAUGAUUAGGCACGGCUAGAAUAUGGGGGAAUUCCCGACAACCGCCAUCUACAGUUGUCAAGACGUAAGAUGGCGAUUCCCAUGGUAGAAAAUUUUGUCCACUUCCGUACAUAGAUGAUUAGAUCUUAAUAGUUUGUUAUGCCAUAUUCCUUGUACAUUCAUUUGAGUUGAAAUUAAUACUUCGAUAGCUCUGAAUGUUUUGGUCUAGUUACAAUCGUCUAUAUCCGGACGAUUCGGGAGCAAGCGGCAGUUUUGGCAGCCAAAUGACUGACGACUUCGGAGGAUACGUGGUGGUGGACUUAAACCCGGCCUCGAGCUCCGGCGGAGGCGGUGGCGGGGGGAGCGGGGGUGGCCGAGGAAGGGAUGAAGAGCUUCUCCGAGAUGCAUAUGACUUUGCAUUGAAAGCUACGGAACAGGAUAGCUUGGGCGAAUACAGAACUGCUAUAUUUUAUUAUGUGGAGGCUAUUCAAGCGAUGUACAAUGCUCACCUUGCGAACCCAACCAAGAAUCUAUCAGAAAAAUAUGCAGAGUAUGCUGACAGAGUGAAGGCAUUGAAAGAUAUAGUCAACAAGACAGCAGGUAGCAGUCAUGUCGGUGCAGCCAGUGUUCAAGCUAGAGUUAGCGAGGAAGCAGAGAGAGCUAGCUUUUUGAUUUAUCAGGCGUUUCAGUUAGAAGAAGAAGGAGGAGAUGAGGAGGCAGUAGAGCUCUAUCUAAAUGCUGCUGAGCUCUGCAUCAAAGCUAGUAAAACAAGUAGUCCAGAACAGAAGACCAAGCUAAAUAGACUAGCUAAGCAGGCCCUUGACAGAGCAGAGGCGUUGAAGAAGACUUCCGUCACCAACAGUCUUCCAUCCCCUCCGAAGGACAAGCUUCCUACCAAGAACCAGAAUCUACCAAACGAUAAUCCCGUUCUAAACCUCCCAGAAAUACCCAAUGACCUUCCCAGUCUAGACAAUGAGACACCCUCCUCUGCUACGGGUAAAAACACCCCUAAGGAGAAUGGAAGAGGCAGGAGUACAAGUGGAUCUGCGGGCAGUUCCACUACAUCUGGUAGGGGUGGUGGUGGUGGUGGCAGUGGAGGUAGCAGUGGAGGAGGAGGUGGUGGUAAAUACACUCCAGAGGAAAUCGCUGUUCUCAGAAAAACCUCUGAAAUCAAUGGACGGUCAUAUUUGCCAUUCAUGUCUCAAGCAGACCUCAAGGAGAGAUUUGCCUACCCUGUGCCCUUUACGGAUAAAGACGGCAAGCUUGUCUUGUGCACUAAACAGAAGGAUAGGUUAGGGAAGUGGGUGCGUCCAUCUGAUAUUUGCAGUGAUCCUAAACUAAUCUACGCCGUAUCAAGCUUCAGUGUCAGACAGACGAUUGUUCAGGACUGUUCAUUCCUUGCAUCAUUAGCGAUAUCAGCCAAUUAUGAACGAAGGUUCAAGAAACAUCUACUUACAAACAUUAUAUACCCCCAAGACCGGAGUAACAAACCAAUCUACAAUCCAUGUGGGAAGUAUAUGGCUAUUCUGUGGAUCAAUGGUGUCAAGAGAAAGGUGAUCAUUGAUGACUAUCUUCCUGCGGACAAGCAUGGCGACCUCUUGUGUUCAUUCUCUUCCAACCGCAAUGAAUUCUGGGUAUCGCUGCUGGAGAAGGCUUACAUGAAGGUCAUGGGAGGAUAUGAUUUCCCAGGCUCUAACUCAAACAUUGACCUUCAUGCUCUGACUGGUUGGAUCCCUGAGAGAGUGGCCAUUAGGACAAACUCUCCUGACUUUGAUGCUGACAAGGUGUUCAAGAAGCUCUAUGAGCGCUUCCACAGAGGGGACGUUCUCGCUACGGUUGCAACAGGGAUGUUACCUGAGGCAGAGGCCGAUCGGGCAGGACUUGUCCCUACUCAUGCAUACGCAAUGCUAGACAUAAGAGAGAUACAAGGUAAGAAGCUUCUUCAACUCAAGAAUCCAUGGAGUCAUCUUAGAUGGAAAGGAAGAUUCUCAGAAGCAGACACAACGAACUGGACUCCUGAACUUCAGAAAGCACUUAACUUUGACCCUAAGAAUGCACAGGAGUUUGAUAAUGGCGUAUUUUGGAUAGACCUUGCUUCGUUAUGUAACUUCUUUGAUGUGAUUUAUAUGAACUGGAAUCCCUCCCUCUUUCCACAUACCUAUAUCAUGCAUGGCAUGUGGUCAGCAGCAGAAGGCCCUAAGAAAGACAACAUCAAUAUUGGUAAUAAUCCGCAAUAUCGUUUGGAGGUCAAAGGUCUUGGUGCUAUGUGGAUUCUUCUCACAAGGCAUAUUACGGAUAAGGAUGACUUUGCAGACAACAAAGAGUUCAUCACUCUUCUGGUCUACAAAGGAGGGAAGAAGGUCUACUACCCAAAUGAUCCAGGACCAUUCAUGGAUGGAACCCGAAUCAACAGCCCUCAUUAUCUGUGCAAGAUGAUAGUGAAUGAUAAGAGUUCAUCGAUCUAUACCAUCAUAGUCUCACAGUUUGAGAAGAAUAAUUCCAUUCACUAUACACUCAGAGCAUAUGGAACAUGUGAAUUCAAACUAUCAAAGAUUGUGGAUCCUUACAAGCACACUAAGAAUAUCACUGGUGAAUGGAAGGGCAAGACAGCAGGAGGAUGUGCUAAUAACAGAGAGUCAUACGUCAACAAUCCAGUCUAUCAAGUAUGCCUUCAAGAUCAUACCAGAGGAAACUCAUUGCUUAUAGACCUAAAAGGACCAAAGAAUUACCAUGUAGGUUUUGAGGUUAUCUGUGUCUCCUCAGAAGGGAAAGGCGGCACACGAUUUGAGAAGAAGAUGAGUGGAGACUACCGGAAUGGAUUCACAAUACUGGAGUUAGAAGACAUUCCUAGUGGGGUCUACAACAUACGACCUACGACCUUUAGCCCAGGUCAGGAGUCACCGUUCUUCCUUACGAUAUCAUCGUCCUGUCCGAUGAAAGUUGUUCAUCUCCAAUAAGACCUAGGAUAGAAACAUGAUUGAUAAUAGCGACAUUGUGAGAGAAAUAGGAUUAUACGACCUAUGAACUUCAGCCCGGGUCAGGAACCAACGUUUUUCUUUAUGAUAUCAUCGUCUUGUCCAAUGAAAGUCGUUCAUCUCCAAUAAGAACAAAGAUAAAACCUUGAUUGAUAGUAGUGACCUUGUGAUAGAAAUAGGAUUAUUUGACCUACAUGUAUGAACUUCAGCCCGGAUUCUGGAUGAUGAUGAUAAGGUCAGACCUGGAUGUAAAUAGUCAUAUCUGAUUGAUACACAUCUGUCAAACCUUUAUUAUACACACAUAUUGUCUCUAAAUCUAAUUUUGUGAGGAUCCACCUGAUGAGAGUUAGCUAAGUAAUUCCAUCAAAAUAUGAAUAUUCAACCCCUGUAUGUCAGACCUUCCUAAAAAGAUUUUUUUUUUUUUACUGUUUCACGUAGAAUGUUGUAAUGUUCUUAUCGUGGUUGAGUAUUUCAUAAUUACAUGGCGUGAAGUAAGAGUGAAAGGGGUGGGGGUCAGAUGUACAGAAAGGUUGAUUAUCGUAUGGAAUUGCCAAGCUGCUGCAUAUAAGACUGGCAUUUCUUGCACAUCGCUCAUUUAUGUAUCAAGUUGACAGAGGAACAUGUGCAAAUAUCAUACCAGGGGUACAUUUUAAGAAGCCCUCACUGAUAAGUUGCAGUUUACUAGUAACAGUCAGACACCUGUGCUCAGCCAAUCCAAGCCAAGAAAAGUUUUCAGAGCCAACAAUUUGUCCCAGAAAAGAAUAGUUGAAAUGUUUCUUUCAUCUUUAUUUCCUACCAUUCAAUUAAAUUCUUUGCUUUUACUUUGAUUCUUGCACUGUUCAAGCAUCAAACUGUCAUCAAGUGAGAAGGAAGUAUCAUGAUCUUUUAUUUCUUUUCUUUUUAUACAAUUAUAAUGAAUGGCUAUAAUGGAGAUUCUUUCUUGCAGCUGACGUUAUUCUAAAGAUAUGGGGGUUUUAUGUAAAAAAAAUAUUUUUGAGACAUGAAUGUUGAAAAUUUCUUGAUAUACGUUUUCCCUUGAAAAAAGUGUGUGCUUACAAUUUCAGAGCAAAAUAAAUUGAAUUCUCUGAGUUGCCUCAUCUGUUUUAGAAAAAGUCAAACAGAUACUGAAACUGAAAUUAAGUCCAUUAAUAGUCCUUUACAAUAUCUUUAGUUUCUAUUUUCCAGGCAUGUACGUUAUGUAUUUUACCUAAGGCACUGUAACAAAAUUCAGAACACUGUCUUUUGGCAUCUUUUCAUCACUAAUCCACACAUUUCAUCUGAGAGAGUGGAAUGAAGGAAAGCUGUUGAGAAAGAAGCUUUAAUAUCAUUGAGGGAUUCCUGUUGAAAGCCACAACACAAAGUUUUGUUAAGGUACCUUAUAACUGAAAAAUGCCUUCCAAUGAUCAUGAAUUUGUAGAUUAUUCUCAACAUACAUUAAAUUACAUUUUCUAUUUUGUAGAUUAUGUGCAAUCAUAUGAUAUUGAUUUUUAUAUUAGAUUAGAAAGGUUUCAUGUUUCAUAUAUUAUGUUGCAUUUCAUGUAACUCCUAUAACUAUAUUGGAGAUGCAGAUGUUGUAGCUAAUGGGUUAUCAAAAUUAUGCUGCCAUUCACUUUGUUUUAAACUUUGUAAAUUUAAGUUUUGUGCCAUAUAAAUUUAAAUUUUCAUAUUUGCUUAUGAAUCUAUAUAACUAUUUUGUGUUUUUAAAUUAUGCUCUUUGAUCUCCAUUUUCAAAAGGAAAUAAAAACAACAACACCCUUUCACCACUCUUCUUUCCCUUUUCUCUCACCAUCUUCUCUCAACCUUUCUUUCCACCCCUCCACCACUCUUUCCAUAUUCUCUCCCUCUUCUAUCACCAUAUUCUCUCACACCUUCCCUCCUUCCCCUCUCCACUCCCCCUUGCAACUAUUCCUCUGCUCUUCUUUCCUUUUCCUCUCAUCUUCUUUCUCCAUCUCCCCUCCUUUCUUCCCUUCUAACCCGCCCCCAUUUCCCCUCCCUCCCCACUACCCCUCUCUCCCCACUACCCCUUUCACCUCUUCCGCCACUCUUUCCCUCCUCCACUCUUUUCCCUCUCUCUCCCGUCCAACUCUUCCUCUUCUAUCACCACAUUCUCUCACUCUUUCUCUCCUUCCUUCCCAUCUUACCCCUCUCCAUUCCCUUUUCUUCCCUUCCCUCCAGUCCUUUUCUCCAUGCUACCCCCCCCCCUCUCUCCAGUCUUCCUCUUCAAAGUAUAUCUUUCUCUACUUUCUACCAGCUUCCAUUCAUCCAAUACAGCCAUUAUUUCAAAGUAGACAACCAGCUUUAAUAACCAGAUUUCUUUGACAGUCUUUAUUUCCUGUGUGUAUGUACAAAAUAGGAACAUAGUUAUUUAUUACAUCUUUUGUACAGCUGUGUACGGAACAAAUUGCAUGUAAUAGUUAAACAUAGAUUUUAUUAGAUAAUUAUGGACAUUUAAACACAUCAAUGAGUUGAGAAAAGAGUGUAUUAAUCUUGAAGCCUAUCAGUACUAUUAAUAAUUUUCUAUUAAAACAAGGAAAGCUCGUGGUACCUCGCUACUAUCGCUGUUGACAAAUAAAUGGUUUAUUCGUCUUUAUGAUCAUGUGUCAUAAGACCUUACAUGUAAUUGUGUAUAGAUCUGCCUUUCUGCUUAUAACCAAUUAUUUCAAGAUUAUAGAGGACAGGCUAACAUUUUUGUAUGUUUGCAAUCCACAUUAAACACGGCUAACAAAUAUUGUGUAUAUUCCAUGUGAUUCAUGUAAAUCAUGGGAUAAGAUCUUUCCUAUGCAUUCAAAUGAAAUGUUCUGAACUUAUUAGAGAAUAGAUAUAACAAUUUCAAUGAUUCAUUAUGUAAAUGUACACGUGUUAUCAAUGACUGUUUAGAAUAAAUUAUUUUGCCUUUCAUAUGCAUAAUACUGUAUUCUUGAAGGAGAAACACCAUGAUGAAUUUCAUUCUUUAUUCAGCUUGUUAUCAAGAAUAAAAAAAAAUC